GAAACCAGCCUUUCUCCGGUCUCACACAUACACACACAGGAGUCUAGAGAACCUUUCUUGGCCAUGCAGAGCUCCAAAGGAAUCGAGAACCCGGCUUUCAUCCCUUCCAGUCCAGACACCCCACGCCGUGCGUCUGCUUCGCCCUCCCAGGUGGAGAUCUCUACUGUGGCCUCCAGGAAUCAGAAUGGGGGUUCGCAGCCUCGGGAAUCUGAGGAACCCCAGAAGUCAACUGAGCUAUCUCCGCCUUCUUCAAAUCCCCCAGCUUCUGAUGAGCCGCAGGGGUCACAGCUAAGUGAGCUUGAGGAGGGACCUUGUGGGUGGAGGAACUUCCAUCCCCAGUGUCUCCAGCGCUGCAACACGCCCCAAGGCUUUCUGCUUCACUACUGUCUCUUAGCCCUAACGCAAGGUAUUGUAGUAAACGGCCUUGUUAACAUUAGCAUUUCCACCAUCGAGAAGCGCUAUGAAAUGAAGAGUUCACUGACAGGCCUGAUAUCAUCGAGCUAUGAUAUCUCCUUUUGCGUGUUGUCUCUGUUUGUGUCUUUCUUUGGUGAGAGAGGACACAAACCUCAUUGGCUCGCCUUUGCAUCCUUUAUGAUCGGACUGGGAGCUUUGGUGUUUUCCUUACCACAAUUCUUUAGUGGAAGAUAUGAACUGGGAUCCAUUUUUGAAGAUACAUGCUUAACGAGGAAUAGCACCAGAUGUGUGUCUUCAUCCUCUCUGCUGUCUAACUACUUCUAUGUCUUUGUCUUGGGACAAUUGUUGCUGGGGACUGGAGGAACUCCGCUCUACACCCUGGGGACAGCCUUUAUUGAUGAGUCCGUGCCUACACACAAAUCUUCUCUCUAUAUAGGUAUUGGUUAUUCCAUGUCAAUCCUAGGCCCUGCCAUUGGCUAUGUGUUGGGCGGACAGCUGUUGACAAUGUACAUUGAUGUUGCUAUGGGACAAAGUUCUGAUCUGACUGAGGAUGAUCCCCGGUGGUUGGGGGCUUGGUGGAUCGGAUUCCUUUUAGCUUGGCUCUUUGCUUGGUCUUUGAUAAUGCCUUUCUCCUGUUUUCCAAAGCAUUUACCAGGGACAGCCAAAAUUCAAGCUGGCAAAACUUCCCAAACACAUCAAAAUAAUAGUACUUCCUUCCAACAUACAGAUGAAAAUUUUGGAAAAAGUAUUAAAGAUUUUCCAACUGCUAUAAAGAAUUUGAUGAGGAAUACAGUCUUUAUAUGUUUAGUUCUAUCAACUACUUCUGAAGCAUUAGUUACUACAGGAUUUGCCACAUUUUUACCUAAAUUUAUAGAAAAUCAAUUUGGAUUAACAUCGAGCUUUGCAGCUACCCUUGGAGGGGCUGUUUUAAUUCCUGGAGCUGCUCUUGGUCAAAUCUUAGGUGGUGUUCUUGUUUCAAAAUUCAAAAUGAAGUGUAAAAAUACAAUGAAGUUUGCAUUAUGUACAUCUGGAGUAGCACUUGUGCUGAGUUUUGUAUUUAUUUAUGCAAAAUGUGAAAAUGAGCCAUUUGCUGGUGUGUCUGAAUCGUAUAAUGGAACAGGAGAAUUGGGGAAUUUGACUGCACCGUGUAAUGCCAAUUGCAACUGUUUGCGGUCCUACUAUUACCCACUCUGUGGAAGUGAUGGAAUCCAGUAUUUUUCUCCCUGCUUUGCAGGUUGUUUAAACUCAGUUUCAAACAGGAAAUCAAAGGUAUAUUAUAAUUGUUCCUGUAUUGAAAGGAAAGUAGAAAUCACUUCUACUGCAGAAACUACUGAUUUUGAAGCUAAAGCUGGAAAAUGUAAAACUCGGUGCACAAGCUUGCCCAUAUUUCUUGGCAUUUUCUUCAUUACAGUUAUCUUUACCUUUAUGGCAGGUACUCCUAUAACUGUGUCUAUAUUAAGGUGUGUCAAUCAAAGACAACGGUCUCUAGCAUUGGGAGUGCAGUUCAUGCUUCUUCGGUUGCUAGGCACAAUACCUGGGCCAAUUAUAUUUGGUGACACAAUAGACAGCACAUGUGUUCUGUGGGAUGUCAAUGAAUGUGGAAUAAAAGGAGCAUGUUGGAUUUAUGAUAACAUCAGGAUGGCACAUAUGCUAGUAGCUAUAAGUGUUACUUGUAAAGUUAUCACCAUAUUCUUCAAUGGACUUGCGAUUGUUCUCUAUAAACCUCCGCCCCCAGGAACAGAGGUAUCAUUUCAAAGUCAGAAUGUCAUUGUGUCUACUAUUUCAGUGGGAGAGGAUCUCAACAAAGGGAAAAAUGAAGGAUGAAAAUGAAGAGGAGAUUGUUUUGGAGAAGUGGCUCUUGCCUGUAAGAACACACUGUGACAAAGUACCAUUGUCUAGUCUGUGUAGAUCAUGGCCUAAAACCCAUGUUCCAGAACUGGGGUGGUCAUUGUCUAUGUACAAAUUCCUAUUUUUGUUAAAACAAAAAACAAAAACAAACAAACUCAAAGCAUAACAGGUUCGCAACUUUAGAGUUCACCAAAAGCCUCAAACAACAGAGAGUCUUAUUUAUUUCCAUUGUCUACCUAUGAAUCACCAAUGAGUACCAAGAAUAAUGGCCAACAACACAUAGUUAAAAGUUUAUGCUUUUAAACACAGGUAUGCACACACACAAAUUAAAACAUUAGUUUUUAUUUCUUUUGCGUUUUAUAAGA